AAGCAAAAGAACACAGUAGAGUUUUGCUACAGGAAAUAGAGUCAUGUCAAAGGAACUAUCGUAUUAACCAGUGCGAUCCAACCACACGCGUGCCUGCACUAGAGAGCAGUUGCAAUCGAUGGGAAUCAUAUCCUUUAUUAUGUUUUAUUCGUAUGAUUAGAAAGUUAAAUAAUUACUAUUUCAUAUUCUAUAAUGUCCUUAAUGAUUUUGUGACUUUACUUGUAUGGAGAGAGAUGAAAGAGAGAUUGCAAGGACAAAGGUUUCUGCAGAAACUAUCGCCGAAAUCAUCAAUAGCUUUAUGGAACCAAUUUCAUACAAAGCAUUGAUAUUCUUUACCAUAUUCACAAUAGGAUCCUUGGUGUUUUCCAAUAUAACAUUCGGUUUAUUUCAAAAGCGACACAGAGAAGACCCUGGCUAUCAACAGCACAUUCAACGCAUAACUCAUUCUCACACGUCCAAAUCCGCCUCAUAACUACACACACACAUAUAUAUAUAUAUGUGCAUGACUGUUGGGAGUUGGCUUUUGCCAUCUGUUUAAGCAAGUAUUUGUUUUAAUAGCAUUUAGUAUUAUUUUACAAGGUCAAAUUCAUUUCUAUACAUAAAGAAGAAAAAGAAAAAGAAGAAAAGGAAAAGGGCGUUGAUUUCUUUGGGUUUGUGUGAGAUGUGGGGAGAAUAAAUUGUCUAUAAUAUACUACAAUUG